UCAUUAAAAAAUGAUGGAUUUUGUAGCCAAAUUCAUGUUUGGACAAUGUUUUCUUUACCCCUACGCAUUUUGAAAUGCUAACGGAAAAACUAUAUCGAUCUACAGGUUGGAGUAAUUAAUGUUUUAAAUUCAGUAAUAACUUAAGGUACUUUUGAAAUUUUUAAACUCUAUUUUUAAAAAUUUAUCAAAUUGUCCUUAUCCAAGAAUGUUGACUACCCGACCUAAUGACCUUUUGCGGUUUUUCCUGCUUUCGAUCACACCUUUUAGUAGAUAAAUAUAAAAGCCCGUAUUGUUAACAAAAGCUUUUUAUGCGCGGUAUUCAAGUACACUUGCACUUGGGAAAUAUUUGUAUAGGUCAUUACAGAUAAGUGGUAAGCUAAUGCGCAAUGCCACUACGCCAAUGGUAACAUUCUAGACAAUUCACGUAGGUGCUAAGUAAAAAACAUCAAUGUUUUUACUUGGUGAUUAAUGUUUGAGUAGUCAUCGAUGAGUCGUCUCUCUCUGGAUCCGGUAUUGCCAACCCAACGCGAACUCAAUAACCAAUGGUUGGUUAAUUUUUGCUGAUAAGGCCGCUGCCUGCUACGUAAGCGAUAUUGAUAAGUAGGUAGGCUAAUGUGUGCUCUAGCUCUAGAUAGGAAAAAGUCGUCCAAGGUAAAGUCAGAAAUUCAGUAUACACUGUACUCGGCACAGACUCGGUUCAAACCAUGGUUUCAUACACUCGUCUGAAUCCUAAUAUUUUCCGAGGUCUCUCGGUCACAAAUGUCGUCCUUUGGGUAGUCUGCACUGGCUUGGUGACGGCCAUCACCAUUCGCUACACAAAUCUUUGUGCUGGAAUAACUGAAAAUUCUGUUGGAAAUCUGGAUUAUGUUUAUGCUGGACUAUGGUCUAGCCUGUCUUACGGCAUAGCUGGACUAGUAGGAAUGUGUGCAAGCUACACGCGUAGGCGGAAACAGAUGAUAUCAUUGCUCGUGCUUUGCGGUAUUGGAUGCGCUGGAGCCAUAGCGGCAGCGGGAAUAGCUGGACAUAUCGCCGUCUACAUCACAAACAACAAGGAUGAUGUGAACAACACAAUCUGCCACCCAGAAGUACUUUAUCCUCCCGUAUUUACGCAACAGCAGGCGGAGGAAGACUGUAGGAUUUGGGCUAUCUUGGAGUACACUUUAAUGUCUUACAGCAUCGCAGCCGCAGUGGUCAACGCCGUUCUUCUAGUAUGUAUCGGGGUAGCCAUGACCGGGCCUAAAGUGCACAGCAAUUUGGUGUGAAUUCAUUUCUCCCAGCGUCUCAUAUUUUCCGUUCUGAAUUCUCGUGAUCUUUGGAAUGUUCGACCAUCCCCCAGUGCAUGUUGAUACAUGCGUAGGUCAGAUGUGUGUUUUUCCCCUGUCCUAUCUAUUGUACUCUUAACGACAUGUCAGUGAGUAAGUGACUGUUUGUUAAUGUAUGAUACUAAUGAUAGGCGAUCGUGUGACGUGACAGACUACCUGAGUCACGUCUUAUCAGUAUUUAUAUUGUUCCUAAGUGAAAUUGAUUUUAUUGUUUUGGAAAUGUUUGAUAAUAUAUUUGGAUGGAAUGGAA